GCAGAGCUGGCUGGUGGCAGCACGAGUUUGCCCAGCGCAGCAAAGUGCAGCGCGCCCCCAGAGUGCCCUGUCCGCGGCUCGGAUUUUCCUGAGUUUCCUCUUCGCAGCUCGGGGGUGGGGAGGCCGCGCGUGAGUGUGGACGCGUGUGCACGCGCGUGGAGUGCUGGAAUGGGAGGAAGCCCAGCCGGCUCGGAGUGUUUUGAUCCGAGGCUGCCCUUCUAAUUCUGUGGCACCCCGAGUCCCCCACCUUCCGAGCUUGCGCGACUGCUCUGUGCCUUCAGGCUCCCCCAGGAAUGGAGACGCCGUUGGAUGUCUUGUCCAGGGCAGCCUCUCUGGUGCACGCCGACGACGAAAAACGUGAAGCUUCUCUCAGGGGAGAACCCAGAAUGCAGACCCUCCCGGUGGCCUCUGCCCUCAGCAGUCACCGCACAGCCCCACCCCCCAUCAGCCCCAGCAAGAGGAAAUUCAGCAUGGAACCCGGGGACAAGGACCUCGACUGUGAAAAUGAUCACGUCUCCAAGAUGAGCCGUAUCUUCAGCCCCCACCUGAAUAAGACUGUCAACGGAGACUGCCGCAGAGAUCCCAGGGAACGGAGCCGCAGUCCCAUUGAGCGGGCUGCAGCCCCCGCUGUGAGCUUGCAUGGUGGCCACCUGUAUGCGUCCCUCCCUGGCCUCAUGGAGCAGCCUCUUGCACUGACGAAGAACAGCAGUGACACGGGCAGGUCGGCUGUGGAGCGGCAGCAGAACCGGCCCUCCGUGAUCACCUGCGCAUCUGCAGGCGCCCGUAACUGCAACCUCUCUCACUGCCCCAUUGCACACAGCGGCUGUUCUGCACCCGGGUCUGCCAGUUACCGGAGACCGCCCAGUGCCACUGCCACCUGUGACCCCGUGGUGGAAGAACACUUCCGCCGGAGCCUGGGCAAGAACUACAAGGAACCAGAGCCGGCACCCAACUCGGUGUCCAUCACCGGCUCUGUGGACGACCACUUCGCCAAAGCACUAGGUGACACAUGGCUUCAGAUCAAAGCGGCCAAGGACAGCGCUUCCAGCAGCCCAGAGUCGGCCUCUCGCCGGGGCCAGCCAGCUAGCCCCACUGCCCACAUGGUCAGCCACAGUCACUCCCCCUCUGUGGUCUCCUGAAGGGAGCUCCACCCUCCAGCCACACAGGGCUUUGCAUGGUUUGCCUGAGCUUUGAACAGUCAGUGCUUAAGGGGGAAAAAAAACAGAAAAAAAAAAAAUCUCGGGGGGGAGGGUGGGAGGGUGGUUUAUUCGCAAAACCAUGUUGUCUGGACUUUUGUUCUGCUCUGUUUUUGUACUUGCUUGGUGUUCAUACAAGGGGUCUCAAUAUGGCAACAGGAACAGCAUGGAGCAUCGGUCCAGCGGAGCAUCCUUGCUUCCUGCCCUGGUUACCAAAGAAACCUCUGCAGGUCUGCCACCUGGCAGCCGGGACCCUGCGGCCCUUUCUUAGUCACAAGCCAUGAAGACAUGGGGAUCCGGACGCUUUGUGCUCUUAGCUUUUGAGACCGAGUAUGCACGGCUUGGCUUCCACCUGGGGUCCGGGCUCAGUCUGUGUGUGCAUGUGUCUGCCUGAAAAGAACUGUCCUGAUUUGCACUAUGGAGGGCAAGGCUGCCUGUCGGGCAGCUGUCUGAGAUGCCAGCCCCGAGGGAGGGCGAACUGCUAGGGACACUUCUGACCAUGUGUGUGCUUGCGUCGUUGCUGAACUUGGAAGGUCUCUAGCAGGUUCUAGGUCUUUCUCUCUAGUCUUGAGGUGCUCACAACUGGACUGCAGACUCCCCCUGACUAUGGGCAUUUACCUUCUCUGAACACUGCAGUUUGUGAGGCUAGUGCUGAGGCUAGAGGACUCGUAGUGCUUCUGACAUGGUGCGUGUCUUAAUAAGAAUAAUAGCUGGUUUCUAUUGACUGUAAGUCAGACUGUAGCACUGACUGGCUUCUUGUUGGCGACAUUAGCCUGUGUCGUCAGCUACAGCCCUAGAUACAUUCACUGCUGGUGCAGCUGUGCUUCUGAGAUGUGAGGUCGACACUCACUUUACUCUGAGAAGGAGCACACAGCCGGUGGGUGUGGUAGGCUGGGGAGCCCAUUGCUGCUGAUUUUGUGCAUCCUGGGCUGGGGACUUGAGUUCAUGUCUUCAGGCUCCUUGAUGCAGACUGUUUCUUUCCAACUCCUGGCCAGACAGCAGGUGCCUGCCUGACAGUCUGCACCCUGGGGCUGCGCGCGCUUCCUCUCAUGCCGGGGCCAAGGCUGUACACAUUCCUCUAUGAUAACUAUACAGUUAUUCCUGCACCACUAUUGCCCGCUCUAUUAAUAGCUACUAACUAGACAUUAGAAGCGAGCAGGUCAGACAUGGCUGGGGCUGCCCCACAGCUGCUGCUCCUCCCGGCCGUGAGCAUUUCUGUCCCCUGGCCAGGACCACCUCCCCAACAAGGCAUUAUGGACUCCCUGCACAUGGGAGCCCAUGGGGCUGACUUUCAGGAGGAAAGCAGGUUAGCUGUUGAACUUGGGGCGACAGGCAAGGGUGGAAAGGCGGGGACUGAUGCCCGUAGUCACAGGGUGGCUACCGGCCUUUACGAAAGUGGACAGCCCUCCUGCCCCGCACACAGUUCACUCCACUCUCCUGGGCUUCCAAGCUUGGCAUUCGGGCCCUAUAUUUUCUGUAGGAAAAAAAGAAUUGUUGAGAACACUUUUUUUAUAUAGGUAAUUUUAAAGACCAUCAUUACGCUGUGCGUAAAGAAUGUACAGAGAAAUUUGUAGGUAUUUUUGAAGAACAAUUAAUUUGUUAAUGAUAUGUAGCUAUUUAAUUUGUCCUUUCCUAUGGUAAUCAUUUUUUGUUGUUGUUUGGGAAAAAAAGUUGAUCUUUUUUUGUCGGUGUGUCUGUAAUCGUGCAGGUACACAGUUACUCCAUGACAACACUGCGUCCGCAUCACUAGCCAUUCGUUUGUUAUUCUGCAGGCUACUGAGGUGGUCACAGGAGAACCACCACACCGCGGACUGGCUCUGUGGGCAACAGGCCUCAGACAGCCGUCAGGGAGCGGGCUGUUCCUGGGGGGGGGGGUCUCUGGUGCACUGACCUAUCUGGAAUAGGCUGUGCCCUGGAGGGGACUGCUGCACACGUCAGCCAAGGAGUGCGCCAUCCUGCCUGGGCAGGAGCGUGUGACCUCUCCAGAACCAAGCCACCCAUGUGCGAACUGACCCUCUCUGUGUUUGUAAAUCUGUAAUAUACCAUUCUCUGUGGCCUGUUUUUCCUGGAAGAAGAAAAAAAAAAGGUUUGGC